AUGUCAGCCAGGCCCAGGGCCGUGUGUUCCUUGACAGCCCAGGUGAUGGGUGGGUUGUCCAUCUUCCACCUCAUCGUGCACUUGAUCACAACUACCAUCGAUCCAGCCGACACCAAUGUCCGACUCAAAAAGGACUAUUCGGAGCCUGUGCCGAUCUUCGACCGGUCCAAACAUGCGCAUGUGAUCCAGAACCAGUAUUGCCACCUGUGUGAGGUUACUGUGAGCAAGAAAGCCAAACAUUGCAGCUCCUGCAACAAAUGUGUCUCUGGUUUCGACCACCACUGCAAAUGGCUGAACAACUGCGUGGGCAGCAGAAACUACCGGUUCUUCUUCUCCUCUGUGGCCUCAGCUGUAGUUACCCUGCUUGGCAUGAUGGUUAUCUUGUUGUACAUCUUCAUCCAGUACUUUGUCAACCCCGAAGAGCUUCGCACAGACCCCAAGUAUAAAGGGAUCAGCUCUAAGAACAUAUGGCUGCUGUUCCUCCCACUGUGGCCUGUGCCUGUGAAGACUCCCGUGGUCGUUUCCAUCGCGGUGGUGGUAUUCCUGCUAGCCAUCGCCAGCUUCGUGCUGCUCGGGCACCUGCUCGUCUUCCACUUCUACCUGAUUGCCAAGAACCUGAGCACAUUUGACUAUAUGAUGAAGACCCGAUUCCAGAAGAAUUCACAUUCAGCAGAAAAAAAGGAUCCAUCUGUACGGAAAAAGGGGACCAGUUCCCAGGAAAAGAGUAACAACUCGAGCUGGUCUCAGACCUCACCGAGAGUGGAGCCCCAGAAAUUCCUGCUGUCUUCUCUUUCGCAGCAAUCAGAUGUGUGUUUCAUAGCUCCAGCUCCAAAGAUUACUCCACAGUAA